AUGGAAUUAUUAUACUUAGCCAGGUAUUUCUCAAUGAUAAUGAUAGGGAUUAAUCAGUUUUUAAUUCCUUUAUAUAGUUGAAUCAGAUCAUAUCCAUGAUUUAUUAUAGAGAGGAAUUAAUAUUGUAAGGUUAUAUGGAAAAGAUAAAAUUAUUCCUAUUUGGACUAAUUUCAUUUAUGGCAAAAUUUAUUCUAUAAAAAACAAAAUUUAUGAAAUUAGUGAACUCUCAUUAUCUAUUAGGUAAGAAAAAACAAUAAUUGAGCAUUUUAGGUUUUACUCAUUUGUCUUAAUAAAAGAAAUAAUAAUCUAUUUCUAUAUUUUUUACAAUUGCCUUUAGAAUUAUCUGCAGAAAUAAUUAUCCAACAUUGUAAAACAAAUAGAUUAUUCUUUUAAGAUAUAUAUCAUUUGGUAAAGUUAUUGAAGUGGGAGAAAUAGAUUUUUUUGAAACAGAAUCAACAAUAAGACUAUCAAAUCAGAUUAUCAAUUAAAAAGAAAUUUUAUUAUAAGGAAUUGCAAUAUCUAUAAAUUUAUUUUAUAAAAAUGAUAUAACUUAUUUUAUAUUAAAUAGAAUUAUCUUUAAAAUUUUAGAAAAUUAAGAGAAAUUCUUAGAAGUUAUUGAGUGUUAGGAUUUAGCUAUUUUAAUUAAUCCUCAACAUUAUAGUACAUAUGUUUAAAAGGGUAAUUAACUUUUAAUUACUUUAGUGGUCAUUAUCCGUUCAGUUAUCUUUUUUUAGAGUUGUAAACUAAUAAAAUAAAUAUAAAGUAACUAUGAAGUGUAAGACAAAGUUAUCAUGUUAAUAAAGAUAAAAAAUAUAUU